AUGCUGAGACUACAAAAAGCCUGUGUUUUUUCGACCUUUGCUCUGGGAAAAAUAACUGAUGGGCGUGAGUGUCCUUUGACCUUGACACACGUUUAUUGUUUCCUUCUUCCUUGUCACAAAGCUGCUAUCGUCGUAAAAUUCUCCAUUUUUCUCUUUUCAUUCUUGAACGCUCGUUAGAAAUAUUCCAUUUUUAAGAUGUUGCUCCACUACGUCGUUGGAAUCGCCGUUCUUCUGGCUUUCGUUGAUGCUUCGCUUGCUUCUCAGAAGGCUAAGGUGAGAAAAAAAUUCAAUUUGAGUUCGAAGAAAAGCGGAAAAACCUUCUGGGAUUGCGAAAUCCGUUCCUCGUGAACAAACAAGCUUUCUUGCCGCCUCAAUGACUCACCUCGUUCCGCCUGCUUUCAAUUUUGAAAACUGCGAUCGGAAAUCAGAAAAUGAUUGUCGAUAAACGGUUUGAGGCCGGCGAACGCGUCGAAGUCGAUCUGGGCAAGACUGACACCCUGGUACGCAAUGUAGACGCCGGCCGUCAGACCUUCCAUUUUCAAGGCAAGGACGCCGGAUUCUUCGUCACCGACGUGAGUUUCUGAAUUAUUCUCAGUGUUGUAGCUAGUUCAGGAUGGCAAACGGGUCAAGUCGAACAACUACGAAGCAAAAAACGGUGUCUUGGUGAUCAAGAAGGCGACACGAGCUGACAAGGGGACAUAUGAAAAGGGCGAUAACGUAAGCAAUGCGGCUUUUUGGUCCUGAUUUUUGAAUUGAUAUUCGAAAAUAACUUUGACACUUUCUCCAACUCUGGGCAAAGUUUCAUUUUUUCUUCUAACCCUUUUUUAUUCUAGCUCGUCAAGACUGUGCACGCCGACGGCUCGAUCAGCGCUGUGUUGGGACCUGUCCUCCAGCUCCAAGUGGAGUGA